AUGGAAGAGUUUUGCAAUGAUGCAUAUGAGAAUGCCCGGAUUUACAAAGAAAAGACUAAGCAGUGGCAUGACAAACACAUUGUGAAUAAGGAAUUCAAGAAGGGCGACAAAGUGCUGUUGUUCAACUCGAGACUGCGACUUUUUCCAGGAAAAUUGCACUCAAGAUGGUCUGGCCCGCUCAUCAUUCAUCGAGUGUUUUCGCAUGGGGCGAUAAAGCUUCACCAGCCGACGAAGGGAACAUUCAAAGUCAACGGGCAAAGACUGAAACCUUAUAUUGAGAAUGGGAAUGCCGACGAGAGAGUUUCAAUUCUUCUUCAGCAUCCUAAUUGA